GUCUCUCGAGUCCACGCCGACGCAGUCGCCUAAAGAAGGGGCGCCCGCCAACACCUGCCCGCUUUAUCCCGGAGUUAAUUCCCGACCGAUCGGAACUCUGCUUUUGCCGCCGUCCAAAAAAGCACGCCCGCACCCUCGGAGGAACAGCCGACGACUGCCUCUGAUCCCGCGACCGGCGCGGUCCCGAGGGACUCGACCGCAACCUACAACAUGCACCAACCGCCGUACCCGCCGAGCCAGGCGCAGCCGCUGCCUUCAGAUAUGCACUCGCGCUCUCACCAGCUGCCGUAUCCCCCGCCCCAGGUGCCGCAGCUACCUUCAAUGCCCCCACCGAACACGCAAUACCAGGACAGCGUCCCCAUGACGGGCCCCGGAGCGCUGCAGCCAGGGAAGCCCGGCGACGCCCCCCAGCCGCCUUCCUCGCAAUCCCAAGAACGCGCCCCGCUCACGCCUGAGCAGAGACGGCAGCAAGAGCUGAACCUCAAGCCGUACUCCUCCGAAGAUGAUCAGGGCCGGGUAUACUCCCUUGACGUUGUGCAACAGCCACAACGUGCGCGAAUGUGUGGUUUUGGCGAUAAGGACCGCCGUCCCAUCACGCCACCGCCUUGUGUGAGACUCAUCGUUAGAGAUGCAAAAACCGGGAAGGAAAUCGAUUGCAAUGAGAUUGAGCACACAAUGUACGUUCUCAACGUUGAUCUCUGGUCCGAGGACGCUCUCAAGGAGGUGAACCUCGUCCGCCAUACCACGGCAACACCUUCGAUAUCGUCCACGUCGCCUGCAUCCUACGCCCAAAUCGAGCAGGCCUCGCCUGCCUAUUCGCACAUGGUGCCGCCCGGCCGGGAUAUGGCUUACUCGCAGCAAAUGGCCUAUCACCCUCCUCCGGGCCAACCCGUUAGCCCUUACGGCAUGCAGCAAUCAUACGGCCAAGGUUUCGUCUCGCCAAACGGGGCCAGCUACCAACCCCCUAAUCAGUAUUACCCGCAGGCCGACCUGCAAGGCCUGGGCCAGCUCGUAACGUCGCCUUACGGACCUCCACGUGUAUACGAUCCCCAGUAUGGCGGCAUGCCUCAGCGCAUGUCCAUCAGCGGUAAUCCGCCCUCGGGCAUGUUUACGCGGAACCUGAUUGGGAGCCUAGCCGCCAGUGCUUUCCGCCUCCAGGACACCCAGGAUAAGAUUGGCAUCUGGUUUAUAUUGCAAGAUCUUAGCGUCCGCACCGAGGGAUGCUUCCGGCUACGCUUCUCCUUUGUGAACGUUGGCGCUCCCGGUUCGUCGGGAAACGGGUCCAUCAACGUCGGCAAAGCUCCUGUUCUUGCCUCCGUCUUCAGCGAUGUCUUCCAAGUCUACUCAGCCAAAAAGUUUCCCGGAGUUUGCGAGAGUACCGCUCUGAGCAAAUGCUUCGCAAGCCAGGGUAUCAAGAUCCCCAUCCGCAAAGACAACCCGAAUAAGAACUCAAACCAGGACGACGACGAUUACGAUUAG